UUGAUUGUUAAUACUGAUUCAACCCCCCCUCUCAGUAUUAACUGGGUCCUCUAAGAUUAAUAGUUGGAGUUGAAAAUGUUGUACAAAUUAUCAUGGACAACGCAGCUGCAUAUAUAUCUGUAGGUAGAAUGCUUAUGGAGAGGCAUCCUAUGAUUACAUGGAGUCCUUGUGCUGCACGUUGCUUGGACUUGAUGCUAGAGGACAUUGGGAAGAUUACAUGGGUGAAGAAGGUGGUUGAAGAUGCAAGAAGUGUCACCAAAUUCAUCUACAACCAUACUUGGGUGCUUGCUUUGAUGAGGAAACACACAAAUGGCAAGGACCUUGUGCUACUUGGAGUGACACGAUUUGCUAGCCACUUCAUCACUUUGCAAAGCAUUCUUAGUGCCAUUCCUCAUCUUAAGCAGAUGUUUGUGUCUGAUGCUUGGUUGGGGUCUACAUACUCCAGAAAACCUGAAGCAGAGAAGAUUGUAAGCAUUGUUUUUGAUGAAGGGUUCAACAAAAGUGGAGAGGAGUUGAUUGCGGUGACAGAACCUUUGGUAAGGGUUCUUCGUAUGGUGGAUGGAGAGGGCAUGCCAAUGGGUUUCAUUUAUGAGGCCAUGGAUAGGGCCAAAGAGGCCAUUUCACAUUACUAUCGUGGAAAUACAAGAAAAUGUGAAAUCCUUUGGCGCAUCAUUGAUCGUAGGUGGACAAACCAACUCUACCAAUCGAUACAUGCCUUCGCCUACUUCUUGAACCCGAAGUUCUCAUUCUCCGAUUCAUUUAGGGCUGAUGAGGAGGUCAUGGCAGGUGUUAUUGCAUGCAUUGAUAAGAUGACACCUGAUGCUGAGUUGAGAGACAAGGUUCUUGAUGAGUUGGAGAUCUACAAGAGUGCAGAGGGGAGACUCUUCUCAUCACAACUAGCAAUUGAUAGGAGAGGAAAACAACAACCAGAUUUAUGGUGGGAGAAUUAUGGUGCUGGCACGCCUAAUCUUCAAAAGAUAACCGUUAAUUGAGAGAGGAGCAUCACAAGAAGCAAAAGGAGCAAGAUUGGAGGAAAUGGAGGAGGAUGAAGAUGAGGACUUUCAUUUAGAAGAAGAAUCAUCUCACCAUUUAGAUACCGCAACACCCACUGCUACUACUUCUAGCUCAAGGCUUGAAAAAUUGAGCUAUAUUAGGAGAAGUGCAAAGAGGAAGAUGUAGUCUUCUCUUUAGUUUGUUUAUUGUUGUUUUUCACAUUUGGAGUUGGACAUAUCAUUAAAUGUAAUUUUGUAAACAUUUAUA